AUGGGUUAUGACACUGUUGGUCUUGAUUCAAACAAAAAACCACUACUGUUCAUCAACCUACACAUCCAGAAUUCCCCAGCAGAACCCCUGAAAACCCUCAUUGACUCUGGAGCCACAUUGAAUUUCAUCUCCCCCUUGAUUGUGGAAACAUACAAAAUUCCAAAAACCCAACUCAAAAAUCCACAAGUUGUGAGAAUGCUAGAUGGUACAAUCUCCCAGACUGGUUGCAUUUGGCACCAGGUUCAACUUGCGGUUUUGGCCAAUGGUCACACACGUUCCAUUCCUUUCCUUGUCUGCCCAAUAGGCAACACCUUGGCUAUCCUUGGCAUGACAUGGCUCACAACAGAAUCCCCCUUGAUUGAUUGGCAACAGGGCCUAGUAACCUUCCCCAAGCAAGUACAGAUUGCCUCUGAGGAAGAAGCAGACCCAAAUCCCUUAACGGAUCUCCCUAACCAAUAUCAUGAAUUCACUAAGGUAUUUGGGGAAGAAGAGUUUAAAGUCCUCCCACCACACAGGGAAUAUGACAUCUUGAUUGAUCUCACUCCCAAUGCUAAACUCUCUCCUGGCCCAAUAUAUGGCAUUACUGAUGCAGAGUCCAAGGCACUCAAACAGCACAUUGAUGAAGAGUUAAAAACAGGCAAGAUCUGCCCUAGUACCUCCUUGGCAGGCGCACCAGUUAUGUUUGUCAAAAAGGUGGAUGGUUCCCUUAGGCUAGUUGUGGAUUAUCAAAAACUCAAUGAUGUAACCCACAAGAAUGUGUACCCACUCCCAAGGCAGGACAACCUCAUGGCUAAAUUAAGACACACCAAGAUAUUCACCAAGCUUGACUUACGCUGGGGAUACAACAACGUCCAAAUCAAAGAAGGGGACAAAUGGAAAACUGCAUUCCACACAAAAUAUGGCUUGUUUGAGUACUUGGUUAUGCUGUUUGGUCUCACAAAUGCCCCUGCAGCAUUUCAGUAUUUUAUGAUUGACCUGUUCAGGGACUUGAUUGAUGUCUCAGUGGUGAUCUAUUUAGAUGACAUAUUAAUCUUCUCAGAAAACCCCAAGGACCAUCCUAGCCACGUCAGAGAGGUCCUAUCACACCUAAUGGAAAAUCAACUGUUUUGCAAACUGUCAAAAUGCCACUUUCACGUCACUACAGUUGACUACCUAGGCAUUGUCAUUUCCCCUUCUGGUUUUUCCACAGACCAGAAGAAGAUUGAAGCUGUUACUUCAUGGCCUACACCUAGAACUGUCAAACAGGUUCAGGCCUUCCUAGGAUUUGUCAACUACCUCUGUCAAUUCAUUCCCAACCUCAGUUCUGUGGCACACCCACUUCACAACCUCACAAAAAAGGAAACUCCCUGGUCAUGGAGUAACCUGGAAGAGGAAGCAUUCCAGGAAUUGAAGUCCCUUGUCACCCAGUCACCAGUCCUUAUCCAUUCAAACCCAGAUCUACCUUAUUACCUUGAAACAGAUGCAUCAGGGGUAGCCAUGGGAGCCAUACUCAGCCAAAGAGGAAAGGAUAAUUGCCUCCACCCAGUAGCCUAUAUGUCCAAAUCCUUUUCAGGAGCAGAGGCUAACUACAAUACACACAAUAAGGAGCUUCUGGCAAUUAUCAAGGCAUUGGAGGAAUGGCAAAUCUUCCUAGAGGCAACGGACAGACCAAUCCAGGUAUUCAUGGAUCACAGAAACUCGGAAUAUUGGAUGCAGGCUCAGACAUUUAAUUGGAGACAUGCCCAAUGGUGCAUUUUCCUGAGAAAACCAGAUGCAUUAUCCAGGAGAUCCAAUUAUAUUGACACCCCUACGGAACCAGAAGUCAUGAUCCCAGCCAAGGUUUUUGCCAAUACGUCAGAAGAGGAACUUGAGAUAGCCAAUUGCUGCCCCCACGCACUGGUCAUUGCCCUCAAACCCUUAGAAGUUCCUCCAUUUCUGUUCCAUACAAUUUCCUAUGACUUUACCACAGGAUUCCCCAAGUUGCAGGGACAGGAUGCAAUCUUGGUAAUCAUAGACUCCUUCUCCAAGUUUGGCCACUUCAUUCCUACCUCAAAAAAGACAAUCUCAGACCGCAGAACAACCUUCACCGGAAAGUUCCUAAGAGCUCUCUACAAACAACUUGGAGUCAAACUGGCAUUUUCCUCUGCAUAUCACCCUGAAUCAGAUGGACAGACAGAAAGGGUGAACCAGUUCAUCAAGUUCUAUCUUUGCUCCUACAUAGCUGCUGAUCAUUCAGACUGGGCUGCUUGGUUGCCUUUGGUGGAAUACGUGUACAAUAACACCAAACACACAGCCACAGGAAAAACCCCCUUUGAGUUGGUCUAUGGAAGAAACCCAGUAAUGAAGCCAUCCAAUGUUCCAUCCAAUGUUCCAGAGGCAGAUCAAGUAGCAGACACCCUGGCUAAAGAAUGGAAAGAAGCCAAAGCAGCCCUAAGAAUGAGCAAGGAAAGAAUGUCCAGGGAGAAAGGAACAAUACCAGAAUACUCAAUUGGCAAAAAGGUCUGGCUAGACGGAAAGAACAUGGAGCUCAGAACCAAUUCCAACAAACUAGAUCCCAAACACCUAGGUCCCUUUGAAGUCACCAAGAAGAUUUCCAGCCAUGCCUACCACUUAAAACUUCUGGAAUCCCUGAAAAUUCACAACGUCUUCUACGUGGGAUUACUGUCCAAAUCUCAUGAAUCUCCAAGCCAGCUGUUCCCAGAAUGCCCUCCUCCUGAAACUAUAGAAGGAGAGGAGGAGUACAAAGUGGAACAGAUCCUUGAUUCAAAAAGACAGCAGGGAAAAUGGUUCUACCUUAUCAAAUGGAAGGGAUACAGCCCAGAAGAUAACUCCUGGGAACCAGAAGAGCUACUGGAACAUAGCCAAGAAGAGAUCAAGCACUUCAACCAAGCUAGACUCAGAAAGGCUUGUGACUCCACCAAGAGCCUUUAA